AAUCAACCCAGUCCCAGGGUUUAGGGCUUGGUUUCUAUUGCGCGGGAAAGAGAAAAGCGGUGACACGAGAAAAGCAGCGACAGAGGAGGGAGAAAAAUCCUUCUGCGUUUCGUUCGAUCGUGGGGGUUCCGUUUUCUGUAGGAGCGAUGUACUCGAGCCAGUAUGACGGCAACGCCCUCUUCUCCGGCGGUGGAUUCAUGCCGUCCCAGUCGACGGCGACGAUCACCGAUUCCGGUUUGUCCACCUUCAAGAAGCGAGGAAACGGCGGAGUCAUUCCGUUGACCGUGAAACAGAUAAGCCAGGCCGUGCAGAACCUGUCCGAUGAUAAUUCAAAUAUUGUGGUGGACGGGUGCGAGGUUAAUAAUGUGACAUUGGUUGGAAUGGUGUUGAACAAACUUGAAAAGGUUACUGAUGUUCAAUUUGUCCUAGAUGAUGGGACUGGAAGAAUAGAUGUUACCCGAUGGGUAAAUGAUGCAUGGGAAUCAAAUGAAAUGGCUUUGGUUGAGAAUGGCUGUUAUGUUCGUGUUCAUGGGCAUUUGAAGACGUUCCAAGGAAAAAGGCUUAUCAACUCUUUCUGUGUAAGGCCAAUAACUGAUUUUGAUGAACUCACUUGCCACUAUGUUGAUUGUAUUGCUGUUCAUGUGGACAAUGUCAAACGACAGUCUGGAGGUGCACAGAUGCAGCCUAGUUCAACGCCCUCGGUCUUUCAGAAUGGUUCCAUGGGACAUCAGCCUGUCGCUAAUCAAUAUUCUUCACGUGCAUCGACAAUUGGAUCUGGAUCAGAACAGGAUAUCAACACUCGAGUCCAGAAGAUAUUCGAGGAACCUGCUAGCUUAGCUAUAGAGCAAGGAUUGCAUGUGGAUGAAGUUGUCAGGCGACUAGGGUUGCCCAAGAAGCGUGUCCUUGAAGCGAUUGAUUUUUUGGCAAGCGAAGGAUUUAUCUAUUCAACUAUUGAUGAUGACCAUUACAAAUCAACCACUAAUGGCUAGGAUGCUGAAGUCUUUUGGACAUUGUUGGGGUAUUGUAAAAUAUAACUACUUUAUUUUCAUUCAAGUUCCUUACACUGAUUUGAUGCUAUAUUGGGCCUUAUAGAAUUGGGCAUGAGCUUUUGAGCAUACAACUUGUUGAAGAGUUUUGCAGCUUUUCCUAUUUUGUAUAUUUAUUUUUCAACCUAAGUUGGUGGGAACUAAGCUGGGUAAUAUAGAUUGCUUCGGUAUAUGGGCUAGGAUGGAAGCUCUCUUUGGGAUUGUCAAGCUUGGAGAACAAGCCUACAGACUUGAACUAAUGGAAUGUUAAUGCGGUA